AUGCGCUCCUCAUCACCGACACCAGGCUGCUUCACCUUCCUCCGGCGCUCCAAGCAGGAUGCAAGGCCCACGUCCCAAAGCGAGGUUCCAGCAACGAAGGGAGCUCAGUUGCCCGCACAUGUUCCCCAGUCGGCGAUCCACACCCCUCCGGCAAAGUAUCAGCACUACGAGCCGUGUGGAUGCGGCGACAUGUCGCUGGGUCUCCACAACCUCAAGCUGGCGGACGCCGACCUGCCCCCUUACCGCGCGACAGAGCCGUUCUCCGCCGACGUGCGCGAGACGAUCCGUAUCGCUAUCGACGGGUACGCCCCGGCUCUUACCGAGCUCUCGCUUUAUAUCUGGGAACACCCCGAACUCGGCUUCCACGAGACCAAGGCCGCAGCCAAGCUCACGGCAUACCUCGAGUCGGAAGGCUUCGACGUCGACCACAAGUACAAGGACCUGGAGACGAGCUUCAAGGCCACAUACGUCCACGGCAGCGGUGGGCGCACGUUUGCGUUCAAUUCCGAGUAUGACGCUCUCCCAGGGAUUGGGCAUGCGUGUGGGCACAACCUAAUUGCCGUGGCGGGUGUUGCCGGCUUACUUGGCAUGCGGGCGGCGAUGCAGAAGCACAAUAUCGAAGGGACGGUCACGCUCAUCGGAACCCCUGCGGAGGAAGGUGGUGUCGGCAAGGGGAUUCUUCUCGAGCGUGGAGGAUACAAGGGCGUGGAUGCGUGCAUGAUGAUCCACCCGGGAGGCAUGGAGGGUGCGACAGGCAUGGGCGGUGUGGUGCCCACGCUCGCCAUCCAGACCAUCGAGGUCGAGUUCUUUGGACGCACGACGCACGCCGGCGCGGCACCCUGGGACGGUAUCAAUGCCCUUGACGCGGUCAACAUUGCAUACAGCUCCAUCUCGGCCAUGCGCCAGCAGAUGCAUACCACUGACCGCGUGCAUGGCAUCAUUACGCACGGAGGCGACGCUCCCAACAUCAUCCCGGACUACACGUCGAUGCGAUACUACGUCCGGUCGCAAAACGCAAAGGCCCUCGUCGUCCUCGUGGACAAGGUCAAGGCCAUCUUUGACGCUGCAGGCCUCGCUACCGGGUGUAAAGUCAAGUACAAGACGGACCGCAUGAUGUACGACUUGCGCAACAACGAGCCGCUCGCGGACGAAUUCGCCGCCGUCAUGGCCGACGUGUACAACAUCCCGACCAAGGUCGCCGUCACCGACUACAGCUUUGCCGGCGCGUCGACCGAUUUCGGCAACGUCACGUAUGCGCUCCCGGCCUGUCACCCGCACUAUGGAAUUCCGUUUGACGCCGGGCGCUCCAACCACACGCCCGAGUUUACGGAACGGUGCAGGAGCCCAGAGGCGUUUGACCUGACGUACAAGUUCGCUACGGGGAUGGCUGCGACGGGCGCGAGGUUCUUGACUGAUGCCAAGUGGGCCAAAGAGGCGACCAAGUGGUGGAAGGAUGACAUGGACAAGUAG